AUGUCAGAAUACACACUAGGUGCUCCAUCCAGGAAACUGGAAGAGUUUGAAGAACUCGUCUACGAGUAUACAACCCGAAUGGGUCUGGGGAAUGAAGGACACUGGGACGUCGAUGCACGCAGCUGUAACCUCCGCUUCGAAUCCGCGACUCGCGGACCCCCAGCCUCAGUCUCAUUCCUCUUCAAAGUCACCCAAGCAAUGAGCAAUUACAUGGGGAAUCUGCAUGGUGGAUGCGCAGCCACCUUGAUUGAUGUAUUGUCCACCACGAUUCUGCUGGGGAUUUCCUCGCCGGGCAGGUUCGCGCUCGGGGGCGUGAGUCGGAACCUGAAAGUGACGUAUCUGCGCCCUGUGCCGACGGAUACGGAAGUGCGACUCGUCUGUGAGGUUGUGCAUGUUGGGAAACGGUUGGCGUUAUUGCGGGCGGAGAUUCAGAGGGUGAAUGGGGAUGUUUGUGUGGUUGGGGAGCAUGAGAAGGCCAAUACGGACCCGGAGGUGGAUCAGAGGAUUUGA